AUGAUCAAGUUGGUGCUAGUUUUCAGUGAGAGUGGCGAUCCCCGCUUCUUUAAAUUGUACGACGAGAUGGGAGACGGGCAGCGGCUCGUCUUACAGGCGCGGCUUAUAGCUCGCGUGCAGGAGCGCUGCAGGCACAACAUGAGCGAGAUAUUCGACUGCGCGGACCUGCUGGGGACGGAUUCGCGUGGCGCAUUCCGCCGACUUGACACACUCGUCGUGCUGUUCGGGAUAGACGGAGGAGAGUCGCCGCUCUACGUCCUGGAUCUGAUCGACGCCUUCAUUCACGCGCUACGCGCGCACUUCGGAACACCUGACCAGCUGGUGGAACGUGCUUUCGCGUUGCACCUGGACGAGGUGUCGCACUUGCUGGACGAGAUGGUGCAGGGCGGCCUGGUGCUCGAGGCAGAGCCUGACGAGGCGGUGGGCCACCUGAGGGCCCAGUUGGACAGCGGCCGGUCUUCGUCAAAAUACCAGAAGACACCAACAGUUCUGUCGACACCAACAGUUCUGUCGACACCAACAGUUCUGUCGACACCAACAGUUCUGUCGACACCAACAGUUCUGUCGACACCAACAGUUCUGUCGACACCAACAGUUCUGUCGACACCAACAGUUCUGUCGACACCAACAGUUCUGUCGACACCAACAGUUCUGUCGACACCAACAGUUCUGUCGACACCAACAGUUCUGUCGACACCAACAGUUCUGUCGACACCAACAGUUCUGUCGACACCAACAGUUCUGUCGACACCAACAGUUCUGUCGACACCAACAGUUCUGUCGACACCAACAGUUCUGUCGACACCAACAGUUCUGUCGACACCAACAGUUCUGUCGACACCAACAGUUCUGUCGACACCAACAGUUCUGUCGACACCAACAGUUCUGUCGACACCAACAGUUCUGUCGACACCAACAGUUCUGUCGACACCAACAGUUCUGUCGACACCAACAGUUCUGUCGACACCAACAGUUCUGUCGACACCAACAGUUCUGUCGACACCAACAGUUCUGUCGACACCAACAGUUCUGUCGACACCAACAGUUCUGUCGACACCAACAGUUCUGUCGACACCAACAGUUCUGUCGACACCAACAGUUCUGUCGACACCAACAGUUCUGUCGACACCAACAGUUCUGUCGACACCAACAGUUCUGUCGACACCAACAGUUCUGUCGACACCAACAGUUCUGUCGACACCAACAGUUCUGUCGACACCAACAGUUCUGUCGACACCAACAGUUCUGUCGACACCAACAGUUCUGUCGACACCAACAGUUCUGUCGACACCAACAGUUCUGUCGACACCAACAGUUCUGUCGACACCAACAGUUCUGUCGACACCAACAGUUCUGUCGACACCAACAGUUCUGUCGACACCAACAGUUCUGUCGACACCAACAGUUCUGUCGACACCAACAGUUCUGUCGACACCAACAGUUCUGUCGACACCAACAGUUCUGUCGACACCAACAGUUCUGUCGACACCAACAGUUCUGUCGACACCAACAGUUCUGUCGACACCAACAGUUCUGUCGACACCAACAGUUCUGUCGACACCAACAGUUCUGUCGACACCAACAGUUCUGUCGACACCAACAGUUCUGUCGACACCAACAGUUCUGUCGACACCAACAGUUCUGUCGACACCAACAGUUCUGUCGACACCAACAGUUCUGUCGACACCAACAGUUCUGUCGACACCAACAGUUCUGUCGACACCAACAGUUCUGUCGACACCAACAGUUCUGUCGACACCAACAGUUCUGUCGACACCAACAGUUCUGUCGACACCAACAGUUCUGUCGACACCAACAGUUCUGUCGACACCAACAGUUCUGUCGACACCAACAGUUCUGUCGACACCAACAGUUCUGUCGACACCAACAGUUCUGUCGACACCAACAGUUCUGUCGACACCAACAGUUCUGUCGACACCAACAGUUCUGUCGACACCAACAGUUCUGUCGACACCAACAGUUCUGUCGACACCAACAGUUCUGUCGACACCAACAGUUCUGUCGACACCAACAGUUCUGUCGACACCAACAGUUCUGUCGACACCAACAGUUCUGUCGACACCAACAGUUCUGUCGACACCAACAGUUCUGUCGACACCAACAGUUCUGUCGACACCAACAGUUCUGUCGACACCAACAGUUCUGUCGACACCAACAGUUCUGUCGACACCAACAGUUCUGUCGACACCAACAGUUCUGUCGACACCAACAGUUCUGUCGACACCAACAGUUCUGUCGACACCAACAGUUCUGUCGACACCAACAGUUCUGUCGACACCAACAGUUCUGUCGACACCAACAGUUCUGUCGACACCAACAGUUCUGUCGACACCAACAGUUCUGUCGACACCAACAGUUCUGUCGACACCAAAAUAA